CUAAGCAAAAACAACUUCGGUCAGCUGCCCGAAAUCGCGGUGGGCAGGUUCAAACUCCAAGACAACAUAUUCCCAUCACCAAAUCCAUCCAAUACUUAACUGCUUAUUUCCUGACUUCUUCAGUCCAACCAACCAACUUACCAAAAACACCACCGUGUCCACCGCCGUAUAAGGCGGCGCGUGAGGAAGUUUCCGGCAACCACUUCUUCACGUGCUGCUUGUUGAUAUAUUUAAGAGAGGAAAUGGGUCAGAAUCAAUCGAGUUGUGUGGUGGGGGUGCAGAAGAAGAAGAAAGAGAAUAGUGUGUUUGCUUCUGCUGUUGUGAAUGGUGAGAUGGAAAUUGUUGAAAGUAUGGUUGAGGAUGAUGUUGGUGUUUUGGAUAGUACUGUUGGUCGUGCUAAGUUGUCUCCUCUUCAUUUAGCAGCUGCCAAUGGUCGGAUCGAGGUGCUUUCAAUGUUGUUGAACCGGAAUGUCAAAGUCGAUGUCUUGAAUCGUCAUAAACAGACACCGUUAAUGUUGGCUGUGAUGCAUGGAAAGACUGGUUGCAUGGAAAAGCUUAUUCAAGCUGGAGCUAAUAUAUUGAUGUUUGAUUCUAUUCGACGAAGAACCUGCUUGCACUAUGCUGCUUAUUAUGGCCAUGUAGAUUCGUUAAAGGCUAUUCUUUCAGCUGCUCAUUCUUCACCUGUUGCAGAAUCUUGGGGAUUUGCUAGAUUUGUGAACAUAAGAGACGGAAAUGGUGCUACGCCGCUGCACCUUGCUGCUCGUCAUAGACGGCUUGAAUGCCUUCAUUCCCUGUUAGACAACGGGGCUCUUGUUUGUGCUUCAACCGGUGGAUACGGAUUUCCUGGAAGAACACCGCUACAUAUGGCGGCCCGUGGUGGUUCUGUGGACUGUGUCCGGAUGCUGCUUGCUUGGGGAGCAGAUAGGCUUCAAUUAGAUUCCUCCGGGAGAAUACCGUUCACAGUUGCUCUUAAGAACAAGCAUAGAGCAUGUGCUGCCCUGCUCGAUCCCUCAUCAGCCGCACCUCUUGUUUGGCCAUCUCCACUAAAGUUCAUCAGCGAGCUCAAUCAAGAAGCCAAGGCCUUACUGGAAAACGCCUUACUAGAAGCGAACAGGGAGAGAGAAAAGGCCCUAUUAAAGGAGAAUGACAUACCUUCAUCUCCACUACGUUCUGAUUGCAAGUAUGACGAUAUUGUCUCAGAUUCUGAGGAAAGCAAUAUGGAGUUAUGUUGUAUAUGCUUCGACCAAGUGUGCACAAUUGAGGUCAAACCUUGUGAUCAUCAAAUGUGUGCUCAUUGUACCCUAGCAUUAUGCUGCCUCAAGAAGCCUGAUCCUGCAACCGGUUGCACGACCGGACCAGUUUGCCCAUUUUGUCGGGGUGCCAUUCUUCAGUUAAAUGUUGCCAAGAUCAAGACUGACAGCGAUACAGAAGUAGAAUCCAGUCCAACAAAACCAAGAAGAUCAAGAAAAUCAAAUUUCAGUGAAGGGAGCAGCAGCUUCAAGAGUUUGUCAGCCAUUGGCUCAUUCGGAAGGAUUGCUAGUCGCAAUUCAGGAAAGGUUGAUGCCGAAAAGCAAUGAGGGAUUUCUUAAGUCUUGAUGAUUGCUGGUGGUUUCUUUGCUUCCAAUGACAUAAAUGGUGAUUUUACACUUGCUGUGGAAUAGCUACCUAUUGUAGCAUUUUAUUUGAAUUCAAUUUUCCCAUUGUCCUUCAAGACAAUAGAGGUACUAUAUUCUUAUAUGGUCUGUUUGAGUCUUUGUAAUCCGGUUAUCGGUUGAACUUUGACAGACAUUUGUGUUUUUAUUUUACCAAAUAUAAAGUGUAAGUAUAUAUGAGAUGAAGGUAUUUUUCCUUGGCGCAUGAGUACAUUGAUGUUCAAAUCUCUUGGAAGUAGUACUCGAUCUCGCCUUCAUUUAAGCUGUGAGCAUCUGAUGAUACACAGCUUGGACUUUAUUCAACUCAACGAUUUCAGUGUUUUGUCCGAACCCAUUCAUUUUCAACUUACUUUUUGGUCCAUGAUUCAUUUGCAACCCGGAACUUGUCAAUCUAUUCAACUGAAGAAUUGGUAUUUCAAAGUUUAGUGGUUAGUUUCUCUCAUUCUCUGUAUUCUCAAUCUAGUUGCUUAGAUACUCUGCACAGGUUAUAACUGUGGCUGAGUAAUGAUAGGUAUAUAUUGUAAAGCUUCAAAUAUAUUGUUUGGGGCAUUCAUUUAUUCCUGUGAGUUGAAAAAUAUAGUGUUUCAGAUUCACUUUGGAUGUUUUAUAUUAUAGGUUUAAAUAUGUUUUUGGUUCUUGUAA